AUGACGGAAGACUAUUCCUCGCCGACGAGCAUCUCUGCCUCUACAAUCGAGAUGAAGAUUCAGCCAAAAUCUUUCCGAUGCUACCAAAGCCCUUAUAGCAAACAAUUGGGCGUGAUUUAUCUCCGCAAUCACUACAGUAUCGAUGUGCUCAUGAACCCAGCGCAAAAUCUGAUCAUCAUCGUGUAUGCCAUUACUAAAGGUAUUUUCCAACCGGGCGACGUGAAGUUCUUUAUUGAACUUGGAGCCCUGGAUGGAGGCGGUGCCCACCCCCAGGCUGCUGGACGAACACUGUCCGUGUCGGGGCCACCCCAGUGCGAGAACAUCUGCCUUGAACCAAACAGUGGGAAGCUCAAGGGUUUGGAGAGGCGUAUCACUCUUUGGUGCACGCUCAGGUUUGAUGAUGCGGGCAGCUUUACACGCGACCGGACCAUAUGGUGGUUGCAGAUAUGGGACUGGUGA